UCCAAUAAGCAAAUUUAAAAACGAAAAAGGAAAACAAAACGUGGAGUGACUGCAAAGAGCAAGAACAAACCAGUCAAAAGCCACACAUUUCUUCACUCUCAUCAUCUGCAGUCCCAAUUCUAUGGCAGAAGCAUCGGCGUUUCUCGCUACGCAGAGGCAUGCAGUGGUGACGGGAGCAAACAAAGGGAUUGGAUUCGAGAUCUGCAGGCAGUUGGCUUCGAAGGGGUUGACAGUGGUCUUAACUUCAAGGGAAGAGAAGAGGGGUCUCGAAGCUCUCAGGAAGCUGAAGGAAGAGAGCUGUCCUGCUCUAUUGGGUGAAGUAGUUUUUCAUCGACUUGAUGUUACUGACCCUGCAAGCAUUGACUCCCUGGUUGAGUUUACCAGAAAUCGGAUUGGAAAGCUGGACAUCCUGGUGAACAAUGCCGGGGUCGGUGGAAUUGUUUAUGAUUUUCAUGCUUUCGCAGAUGCUAUUGAGCGUGCUGGUGGUUGGCCAACUGAUGAAGAGAAGUGGAGAAAGAAGGCAGCCCAGAAUUACGAAUUAGCCAUAGAAUGCCUCGAAACAAACUACUAUGGCGCGAAAAGAGUGACCGAAGCUCUCCUUCCCCUGCUUCAACAGUCAAGUUCUGCAAGGAUUGUCAAUGUCGCUUCAUAUCUAGGACUCUUGCAGCAUAUUCCCGGGAAACAAAUCAGGGAUGAGCUGGGAGAUAUCGAGAACCUCACAAAAGAUCGAAUAGAGGAGAUCCUGAAGGAUUUCAUAGAAGAUUUCCGGCAGGGUCAACUAGAAGCCAAAGGCUGGCCUGAGAACAUCUCUGCAUACAAGAUGUCAAAAGCAGCACUGAUUGCUUACACCAGGCUCCUAGCGAAGGAGUUCCCGUCAGUCCUUGUGAACGGCGUUUGCCCAGGCUUUGUCAAGACUGAUAUAAACGGCAACAAUGGAGUCCUAAGCGCUCAAGAGGGAGCAGAGAGCCCUGUCUACCUGGCUCUUCUUCCGAAAACUGGGCCUUCUGGCCUUUUAUUCUCCAAGAAAGAAGUCUGUUCUUUCUGAGAAACAAAGCUUGUUAAAUAUCAUAAUCAUCGAUUGACAAUGAUAAAUAAACAAUAAAAAGCAAACUCUGUUCGAUUUCACAAACUUCAUUAAUGUCCUUUUCAAUUUCAGGAUUCACAUUUUCAUUGGAUUUAUGUUACUUAUUGACGGUAUAAGCUGGAA